UGCGGUGGGCGUUGAAGGUUGCGACAGAGCUUUCUAGUUAAAACCACACCGUCUCAGUCCACUGGCAGGUCGUCAUUCAGCCGCUUCCUCACAACAGAGGGAUCAGAUGGUACGGUGAGGCAACUUAUUGCAGAAAAAGAUCAGUCUGACAUCCAGAAAGAGCCAUGGAUACACUGAGGACAGGUGCAUCUGUGCUCUUUGUGCUGUUCAUGCCCGUCGCCUCUGCAGAGACAUUUUUCACUGAUCCGGUCAUCUGCUACUUCCUGGAUGCGUUUCUGAUGGUUUACUGCAUCGCUGCGACGGCACUGUUCUUCAGAGAAAAGUUCUCCAAGUUGCCACAAGUUCCACCUGAGUCUGAGGAUGAAAAAAAGGGCAUUUACCAGGAACUCGAGAGGCCAAAGGACACUGAUCCUUACCAAGAGCUUCAAGUAAAAAAGACAAAGGCAAAAUCUAACAAGAAGAGCAGAGCUAAGAAGAACCAAGGCAAGCCCAAGGAUAGGGAUCCCUACGAAUCGGUUCCCACCAGCCCGCCGCCUCUUCCAGCUGUUUAGGGAUGCACUUACAGCUCCAAAAACGAAAGCUAAACGCAACGGAGAUGAAAGGAGGAUUAUUUCCUGUUUGUAUGUUUCGGGGGGGUUUUUUGGAGUAAAGAACUUCCUUUUCUCUUUGCUUUUUUGUAUGUAUAGAUGCUUUUCAUAAUAAUUAGCUGUUGGGGAAAUAAGACAAGGUUGGAUUUCCAGUAGACAAAUUCAGAUCAUAUACAACUAAAAACAGGUAUUUACAUACGAUGUACAAAGCAAGAUGAUCAUGUUUUUCCUCAUAGUCCGACAUUAAAUCAGAAUUAACUUU